CGAUCAGUAAGGUGAUAUACGUCGUGUUCGAUAGAUGUGUUAAUUCUUAGUUCUGAAUUCUUUAGAGAUAUUGGUCGCUCUUUAUUGCAAGUGGUAUUUAUAUCUUGUGUUUGUUCUUGCUAGUUUGUGGAGAUAUAAGUGUUUUAUGAUGUCUGAACUUGAAAAUCAAGUAAACCCCGGGAGUGAAGAUGGGAGUAUGGAUAAUGUUGGUGAAUUUGGUAGUAGCAGCGAUGCAGAUAGCUCUUCAGGAGAGGAAACUGCUAGAAUUGAUGAAGUAAAGCAAGCUAGCAAUGAUUCAGAAGUAGCGAAAGACGAAAACGAUGAAAUGAAGGAAGAUUUGAAAAAACUUCGCAUAAAAAUAAAAAUAAUAAGAACUGCCAAAAAAACUACCUACGAAAUCGUAAGGCCUAGCGAUGACAGGGAUGAAUUGAAAGAAAACACGCUACCUCGAGAAGAUACAAGAAAGAGGAAGAGGGGAAAAACCAAGACCAAGAAAAAGGAAAAAUUCAUACAAAAUCCACACAAUUUCGCAAUGGAGAAGAGAACAUAUGAGCAAGAAAAAAAAUUAGCCAUAGCCAAAGGAGAUUUCGACAGAGCCAAUCAAUUGGACAUUAGUUUGGUUGAGUUGCAGCUAAGAGCUUGUCAUCUUGAUGAGGUCAUGACCUCCACGAUAUUUAGCAUCGCUCAUAUCAACGACCGGAAUAGGAGGAGGAAUAUUGAAGAAGCUGAAAAGGCUAUUAUGGAGGAACAUGCGGCAAACAACGGAAAAGAGGUUUAUGAUCCUUUCAAUAGACGUCCCAUAGGACCUGCACCAGGAGUGGUACCCAAAUCACCACCACAACCAAAACCAGUUGGACCUGUAAGGGAGACGCCUAGACCUGAGAGGAGAGUCUUAGUGCCGAAAAGGACUCACAAUCUCAAAUCGUACGAGAGGCAUUGAGAAUCUGUGGAUUACGAUCUCGAUGUUUUUGAGUGAAUUUGUCAAAAUUUCAAGAAUUUCCAAUUUCACUGAUUGGUCAGGAACAAAACAUUGUCAAUUUUUGAGUGCUGAUAUUAGUACAACGUCAGUGAUACGAUGCAGCAGAUUUUCCCAGUGAAGAAAUGAUUAAUGAAAGAGAGAAAAAAAUUGAUAUAUGUACAUAUGUGAAUAAUACUGUUGUAAUUCGGAUAAUAUGCAAGAUAUUUGCAUUAACCUAGUGAAAAGUUGAUUUUACAGAAAAAAAAUGAUUGUAUUAUAUGUGAUGAAAUUAAUAUUUCAGCCUUCAAAUGUUCUUGUU